AUGACUUAUAAUAUUAACUUAAAAUUCUCUUUUGCAAACAUUGUGGGAAGCUUGGGAGCAUAUGGGCAACUUGAGAAAGUGGAGAAUGUGUACGUGAGAUAUUGUAGUUUCAGUGGGACUACAAGUGGAGCCAGGGUCAAGACGUGGCAGGGCGGAUCCGGGUAUGCUAGGAACAUAACGUUUGAGAAGAUCACACUCGGUGGAGCUCAAAAUUCCAUCAUCAUUGACCAGUUUUAUUGUAAUGGUGAUCACAAAUGCAAAACUCAGGCCUCGGCUGUGUCAGUGGAUGAUGUGAAGUACAUUGAUUUUGAAGGAACUUCUGCGAGUGAGGAGGCGAUCAAAUUAGAUUGUGACCAGAAUUUAGGUUAA